CGCUUUUACUUUUUUUAGAACAAAAUAUGCAUUUUGGAUCAUUAUUUAGUUUGCCACGUGGAAAUUCAGAACGCUUUAAACCUUACUCUACUUCUUCACCUAAUCGUUUAAAAUCUGUUUUACAUAAAUCUGAAUGGAAUGAUUUUCAACGAAGGCAACAAUUAAAAAUUCCGCCCAAAACUGAGUAUUUGAGCAUUCAAGAAAAAAUGGAGAGAUUGAAGAAAUUGAUUGGCUUGACUACAAAGGACACGUCAAAAACUCCAACUUAUGCGCAGUUCCACUUCGAUUCCAAUGGUCACUCCAGCUCAAAUAAUUAUCCCAACUUGCGUACAAACAAUGGGACUUCUUUGACUGGAAUUGUUCGGGCUGCAUUGUUUUCUAAAAAUAAUCAUUACAAUUCUUCCCCGUCUGUUGAUUUGGGUUUUCGGCCAAGAAAUAAUUCAGCCACGUCUGAACCAUCAAUUCCACCAAAGAAUGACAAAGCCAGCCUUCCUGACCAAGUUAAGCCACAAAUUCGUCCAAACAAUGAAGCAGUUACUCGAAGGUCGAUUUCUACUCCUUUACCAAAUACCCACCAUCAAUGGCGUUCUCAGAGGUAUAUUGAUGAAAAAGAAAAUCGUCUGAGAGCUGUUAAAGAGUUGGAAGCUGAAUUGGCAGAACGAGAGCUUUCAAGACAUAAUCGAAAAAUUAAUGAACAGGAAAUGCUUCGAUUGCGUCUUCAAGUUGAGGGACUUGUUUUGGAACGUCGUGAACCUCCUCGUGAAGAAUUUCCUGAAAUUCCAAACAACGUAAGGCAGAUUAUUAGAAUUAUUUGGAACAAAUAUGCCCCGCCCAAUGAAGUCUUUUCUAAUUUUGAUGGUGUUGAUAUAGCUCGAAAGGAUUUGUUGACUCUUUGUGGGGCAGAGUGGCUUAAUGACGAAGUUAUCAACUUUUAUAUCAACUUGAUUGUUGAUAGAAGCAAAGUCAAUAGAAAAUUACCUAAAGUCUAUGCUUUUAACACCUAUUUUUAUGUUAACCUUUCUGGAAAAGGCUUUUCGAGUGUGAAACGAUGGACAAAGAAAGUUGAUAUUUUUGACAAUCAAAUGAUUUUUGUUCCAGUACAUUUGGGUAAUCAUUGGUGUAUGGCGGUUAUUGAUUUUGAGGAACGCAAAAUUGAUUAUUAUGAUUCCCUGAAAGCUGACAACUUUACAUGCUUGGAAUUGUUAAGCAAUUAUCUUGCUGAAGAAUCUAUGGAUAAAAGAAAGAGACCAUACGACAUGACUGGAUGGGAGUUUACUUGUCGGAAGGACAUUCCGAAUCAAGGAAAUAUGUGGGACUGCGGAAUGUUUUCAAUUUUGUUUGCAGAAUAUGCCUCUCGAAGAGCGCCAAUCACGUUUUCACAGCAACAUGUUCCAUAUUUCCGUGAGAGAGUUGUUUAUGAAAUUUUGAGGAAGGAAUUGCUUUGA